CUUUCCUCCCAUCUUGGGUGGUUCAUGUAAGCAACCUCCACUCGCUCUCCCAACAUGCAUCCUUAUGAAGCGCUGCGGUGUUAGGUGUGAUGUCAGGACUGAGCUAUCACAGCUCUCCAGACAAGUCUGAAGGAGGAUCGAGGAGAGGGGAGCGCUGAGGACUUCUAAGAAACCCAAAGACUUCUACUAGAUACACAAGUUUGUAUCCUGAAAACAGCGUGUGUUUCUGCGCAAUCCAGCAGAUUUGCUCCUCAGACAUGGAGUCAAAAACUGAUGGUGGAUCAGCCUCAGUGACCAGUGAAGAACUGGCUGCUAUUGAGGAUGAAGAGGUUCUCAACAAGAUGCUGGACAAUACAACAGAUUUUGAGGAGAGAAGAAUGCUUCGUGCUGCAUUAAGGGACCUGCUCAAGAAGAAGAGAGAUAAACGGGAGCAGGAUCGAGGGUCGAGGCAGCAGGACCUGAGACAGCAGGGCCUGAGCAAAGGAGGGACAACAGGCGGGGCUGUUAGCAUAGGCAGAGCGUCCAUGAACCAGCAGCCACCAACAAACAAGCCAUCAGGCCAGCUCUCUCCAUCAGCAGUCAGCAAGGCCAGUCCUGCUGUGGUCUCAGCCCAGAAAUGUCCUGGUGCAGCACCAAAUGUUAAAAAUGUCAAACAGAUGCUUCUGGACUGGUGCAGGGCCAAAACAGAGCCAUAUGAGGGGGUGGACAUCCAGAACUUCUCCUCAAGUUGGAGGGAUGGCAUAGCCUUCUGUGCCUUGGUGCAUCGCUUCUUCCCCGAUGCGUUCGAGUACUCCAUCCUCAACCCCAACAAGCCUAGAGACAACUUCCAGCUGGCUUUCAGCACUGCAGAGAGGCUGGCAGGCUGCCCCCCUCUGCUGGACGCCGAUGACUUAGUCCGGAUGAAAGAGCCCGACUGGAAGUGUGUUUACACAUACAUCCAGGAGUUCUACCGCUGCCUGGUGGAGAAAGGCCUGGUCAAAACCAAGAAGCGAGUGUAGAGUCUGACAGCUUUCAAGAUUGGCUGUGAUUUUAAAUUUUUAUAAGUAAUACACAUACGUGUGAGCUUAGGUCAAAAAGAUAAUAUUAAGCACCUUUCUCAACUGAAUACUUACAUUUUGAGUUGAUUUUAAAGGGACCGUUCACCCCCAAAUGAAAAACACAUAUUUUUCCUUUUACCUAUAGUGCUGUUAUCAGUCUAAAUUGUUUUGGUGUGAGUUGCUGAGUGUUGGAGAUAUCGGCUAUAGAGAUGUCUGCCUUCUCUUGAAUAUAAUGGAACUAGAUGGCACUCAGCUUGUGGUGCUCAAAGCGCCCAAAAAAUGAAUUUGAAAAACUCAACAGCAAUGUCUCUUUCCAGAAAUCAUGACCCAGUUACUCAAGAUAAUCUACAGACCUUUUGUAAGCAGUUUCAUGCAGGAACUAUUUUCUCUCUACUGAACUACAUCCACCAACAGUAUCUUUGUGCAGAAGGGAGCGUGCAUCUACUGCUAGCUCACCUGGCACCACUGAGCUAGCUAAUGUCAGAGCUCAGCUGAGGAGGGCCUAAUGCAUUUUUUUGCGACCCCAAAUUAAUUGUUUUCAAUGAAGACGCGUGGCCAGAGCGCUCUGAGAUAAACCAAGUUCAACUUUUGGAAUGUAGCAGCGCACACUGCACGUCAUGUGACGAGGAACAACAGUCCGACCGAUAUCUUUUCCUUAUUCUGUAAAUAUUCAGUCUGUGAUAUAUAUAUAUAGAAAAGUUGAUCAUUUUGGUACAGGGCUGCCAGAGCUUAACAUCUGUCCCACGGACAAUAGGCCUACACAGUUAUAAACAGUGCCUGGAAGAAGAUCAGCUCAGCACUCAGGAUUUCAGGCAAACAGACUAUGAUACGUGUUUGUUAAGGUUACUUAUUAACCUCAGACACAAUCUGUUGCCGCGCUCUUGAGAGUUGGCACAAAUGUAGCACCCAGUGCCUGACCUCACGUUUCCCAGGCUGUUAAAGACGUGGCAUGUGUACAGCUCCUGUGAAUGUUUACAUCUCGAGCUGUCAUGAGCUUGAGCCUCUUGUCCACAAGUAGAUGCGUCCUUCUGCACGGUGAUAUGUUUGGCAAGUGCAUUUUAAUAGAAGGAAAAUAGUUCCUGCAUGAAACUGCUCACAACAAGGUCUGUGGAUUAUCUUGAGGAACCAGGUCAUAAUUUCUGCGAAGAGACAUUGCUGUUGAGUUUUUCCAAAUGUAGUUUUUUGGCACUUUGAGCACCACAAGCUGAGUGCCAUCUAGUUCUGUUAUAUUGGAGAGAAGGCAGACAUCUCUGUGGUCGAUUUCUUCAUCACCCGGGUAACUCACACCAAAACAGUCUAGACUAAUAAAUAGCACUACAGGUAAGAGGAGGAUUAUGUGUUGUUGAGUUGGUUUUUAAAAAAUGUUUGGGUGAACUGUCCCUUUAAGCAUUUAAUCAUCAUGUGAAUGUAAAUGCACAGUGGCUGCUGACUAGUAUCUGUACUGGUUUGUGUGUUAGCAGGGCCUGACGGGUGUCUAUGUGCUCUCAGUAGACAGCUGGGGCUUAGGAUCAGUGCAUUCCACUGAGAUUACACAUCUGCAUUAAUCCCAGUCAGAGCCACAGAGAAUCUGGGAGCAAAUUUUUAUCAUGAUGCUGUUGAGGGCCUGAGGUUGUGAGUACUACAGACACAUUUAAUAAACAUCCAUUCCAUUAUA